AUGUCUUUUCGAGGGGUCAAGAAAGCACUUAUAAGGACCCCACACCAGUUGCUCGGGCGCAAAUCCAUUGAGGACAGAAUCAUCCAGCAAUGGGAACACGAUCUCCAUGUUUCUGUGUCCGGUCUGGAAUUUUUGAUGCUUCAGAAUGACAAAUGGUGCAAGAUUUGGGUGAUCAUCAUGGAUUGUUUUCUGGAUGUCAUGGACACCUUUAAGAAGUUCCACCAACCGGUUGGGGUAUUAGACGAAGAGGAUGAACCUACUUUGAAAUAUGACGAGACUCAAUUGAAGUCCAGCAUUACGUUGGAGGAGAUUAGGCAGUGUGAGAAGCUGAUAAGGGUUCUCAACUCUGAAAUUUGCCACAAAGUCGAGAUUGGAAAGGAAAGUUUUGACGAGACCUGCAAAGAAAUGAAGAAGCAUUUGGAGAAUUCCUUGAAACUGCUGAAGAAAAGGAACCACAAGAAGAUUGAUUAUGAUAGAUACCACAAUGCAGUGGAAAAGUCGUACAGAUCGAGCUCGUAUAACGAGAAAGACAUGAAUAACUUGGAACAAAACCAAAAUGCCUUAGACGAAACUAAAGCAGUCUUCUUUGACCUGGACGACAAAGUUCGUUUGAUCAUCCCCCAGGUGCUGGGAACGCUAUCAGAGUUCAUUAACAAGAUGAGUUUGAAGGUUUAUUACCAACAGGUGGACAUCUAUGAGUUCCUGUGCUCGAAUAUGGGCAAGUUUGUCCAGAUACAAGGCCUUGCUGGCUCUGCAUACACCCAGAUUAUCAACGAAUGGGAGUCGGAUAUAUCGCAGACAAGAGCAAAUCUGGAGAGCAUGGAACUUUUGAAAGACUUCAAACCGUUCCAAUCCAAGAGCUUCCUCGACAAAACUGCCAGUGGACUGAACACCGGCGCUCAGAAACUAGGAGGACUGACGGGUGCCGCUCUGACAAAAACCCUGCAUCCGCACCAGAAACUCAAUCUGAAACAUUUUAAGAUCGAGAAUCCUGUGGUGCCAUUUUCGGACAUGGGAAUGUUUGAAAAUCUGAAUUUGAGCUUGAAAGAGGCAAAUCCCGAGGAAUUAGAUGAGCCUACAGAGUGGCUGAAACCUUAUUCCCUAUCAAGUGACCAAGCAAAGCAGCCACAAUCUGCGUCUAUGCCGUCCACUCCAAACAUCCGAGGACCUGCUGCAGAAACGGCCUCGCCCAAGACACCUCAGACUCCGAAAACUCCAAGCAUUAUUGGAGCGGACACCGAGAAGUUCACAUCGAAGUCCAUCACCAGUAUUGAGAAGCUGAUUGUCGAGUUGUCCAAAAUACCUCCAAUUGAGAAAGCACCCGCUAUAUCUAACAAGUUCAAUUUCGAUCGUGACGAGAAUGUGAGAGAUUUCGUUUUGUCCAGAAUGAGCAUCACCUCGACCCUAUUUGGGUGA